AUGGUACGACCCUGUGGCCUACUCACCCGUCGAAAGGAACCAGUGCCACUGAAGAGCAUCUCUGUGACUGUGUCCAUACGUGAGUUUGUGGCUGGUGUGUCGGCAACCUUAAACUAUGAGAAUAAGGAGAGAGCUCCUGUGGAAGCCUUCUUCGUGUUCCCUAUGGAUGAAGAUUCAGCUGUCUAUAGCUUUGAGGCCGUGAUAGAUGGGAAGAUAAUUGCAGCAGAAUUACAGGAUAAGAUGAAGGCCCACACCUCCUAUGAGAAUGCCAUCUCUCAGGGCCAUCAGACUUUCCUGCUGGAGGAGGACAUGAGCUCCAGGGAUGUCUUCUGUUGCAAUGUGGGCAACCUCUACCCUGGGUCAAAGGUGGCACUGACCCUGAAGUAUGUGCAGGAGCUGCCCCUGGAAUCAGAUGGGGCCUUGCGCUUUGUGCUGCCUGCUGUCCUAAAUCCUCGAUACCAUCUCUCUCGAUGGCCUGCAAACACAUGUCUUCAACUCAGCGUGAUCACCACCAUCAGUUCCCAGCAUGGCAUUGAGAAGGUUCAGUCCAACUGCCGUUUGACUCCCCUUGAGUACCUUGAAAAUGAUAAGACUACUGCUCAGAUAUCCUUGGAUGAUGGCCACAAGUUUGAUCGUGAUGUGCAGCUCCUGAUUUACUACAGUGAGGUGCACAUCCCCAGUGUAGCUGUGGAAAUGGGGAAACUGAAAACAAGUCCAGAUUGUUUUAUGGAGGAACCAACCACGAUGGUGAGUUUCUAUCCCAAUAUCCCAGAAGCUCAGCCACCAAUUACCUGUGGAGAAUUUAUCUUCCUCAUGGACCGCUCAGGAAGUAUGCAAUGCCCUAUGAGUAAACAAGAUAAAUCCCAGUUGCGUAUAGAUGCUGCCAAGGAGACACUGAUUUUGCUGCUGAAGAGUUUACCUGUAGGCUGUUAUUUCAACGUCUUUGGAUUUGGAUCAUCCUAUGAGUCAUUGUUUCAGGAUAGUGUGAGGUACACUCAGCAUACGAUGGAAGAGGCAAUGAAAAGAAUUAACCAUAUGAAGGCAGACCUAGGGGGCACUGAAAUCUUGACACCACUCAAUGCCAUAUAUGGGUCACCCACUAUCCCUGGCCAUCCCUUGCAGCUCUUUGUCUUCACAGAUGGAGAAGUUACUGACACAUUUAGUGUUAUUAGAGAAGUUAGAAGCAACAGCAAGAGGCACAGAUGUUUCUCAUUUGGUAUCGGAGAAGGUGCUUCCACCAGCCUGAUAAAAGGCAUUGCCCGGGCAACAGGGGGCACUUCAGAAUUUAUCAAUGGCAAAGACAGGAUGCAGUCCAAGGCUCUUUUGGCUCUGAAGCGUUCUUUGCAGCCUGUGGUAGAGGACUUCUCACUGAGCUGGUCUUUGCCUGUUGGUCUGUCUGCUAAAGUGCUUUCCCCAGAACAGUCAGUUAUAUUUAGGGGUCAGAGGUUAAUCAUCUAUGCUCAAUUGAUUGGGCCAAUGCCGCCAAAGGAGGCAAGAGGAGAAGUAUGCCUUAAGUACAUACUUCAGGGCGAGAGUUUUGAGAAUAAGGUGGCAUUUUCUCUACAUCCCAACCCUGACACCAACUUCACCAUUCACCGCCUUGCUGCCAAGUCCUUGCUCCAGAUGAAGGACAUGGGCUUCAGAGAGACCCCAGCAAAUGAUAAAAAAGAAGUGUUGAAGAUCAGCCUUGAGUGUGGAGUCAUAAGCUCUCACACAGCUUUCAUUGCCAUCAACAAGGAUCUGAAUAAGCCAGUUCAGGGGCCCCUGGUUCGUAGAGAUAUUCCCAGGCCAAUUCUGUUGGGGGCUCAUGCUACAAUGCCAAGAUAUUAUGGGUGUGUCUUUGGAGAUAAUCAUCUUGUGCAGCUGAUUUCCCUCCAAAAGGCAGAUGGUUCUUGGGAUCUGAAUGAAGGUCUGGCCUUGGUCCUAGGUUUGAGUGUAGAAGACAUACUGGCUGCCCUUCCUUACAAGAAUUUGGAUUCCUCAGGCUGGGCUACUGUCCUGGCUGUGCUCUGGCUGCAUGUCUAUGGUAAGGAGCUGCAGUGUGAAUGGGAUCUGCUGGCAAGGAAAGCAAUGGCCUGGAUUCACAUUAAUGUAGGCUGUGCCAUGCAUCAGCUUAUGAAAGCUGCUGUUUCUCUCCUGAAGUCAACUGUGGAUCCUAAAACCAUAACCCACUAA